AUGGGUUUGAAGGAGGAAUUCGAGGAGCAUGCUGAGAAAGUCCAGAAGCUCACAACGAGCCCAUCGAACGAGGAUUUGCUCAUCCUCUACGGACUCUUCAAGCAAGCCAAGUUCGGGCCAGUGAACACCAGUCGUCCUGGAAUGUUCAACAUGAAGGAGAGAGCCAAGUGGGAUGCUUGGAAGGCCGUUGAAGCGAAAUCAACGGAUGAAGCCAUGAGUGACUACAUCACUAAGGUCAAGCAACUCCUGGAAGCAGCUACUGCUUCCACCUGA